UUCGCAGUACAAACCACGCCGCAUUUAUAUCCUGUCCCACGAUGCGAUCGAGGCGACGCCAUUGCCACUCCCAGCUAGCCUACCCAGUACAGUGACAGUAAAGCCGAGGCGCUAGUAGCUCACCGGGAGAUGGCACCAGCGGCGGCGGCGGCAACAAUGCUGCUGCUCCUCCUCGUCGCCCUCCUCGCGGCGCCCACGGCGCUUGCCGGCGGCGAGAAGAUCCCGACGCUGGUGUUCAUCCUGGCGGGGCAGUCCAACAUGGGGGGCCGGGGCGGCGCCACGGUCGGCGGCAGGUGGGACGGGUACGUCCCGCCGCAGUGCGCGCCGUCCCCGCGCACCCUGCGCCUCUCCCCGGCGCUGCAGUGGGAGGAGGCCCGCGAGCCGCUCCACGCCGGCGUGGACGUCGGCAACGUGCUCGGGGUCGGCCCCGGCAUGCCGUUCGCGCACGCGGUGCUGCGGUCCGCCAGGGUGCCCAAGGGCAGCGUGGUGGGGCUGGUGCCGUGCGCGCAGGGCGGCACGCCGAUCGCCAACUGGUCGCGCGGCACGGACCUGUACGACCGCAUGGUCACCCGCGCCAGGGCCGCCGUGGCCGGCACCGGGGGGCGCGGCAGGCUGGCGGCGAUGCUGUGGUUCCAAGGGGAGACGGACACCAUCAGGAGGGAGGACGCGCUGGCCUACGCCGGCCGCAUGGAGGCCAUGGUCCGCGACGUGCGGCGGGACCUCGCCAUGCCCGACCUCCUCGUCAUCCAGGUUGGGAUCGCGACGGGGCAGGGCAAGUUCGUGGAUCUGGUGCGCAAGGCGCAGCGGGCGGUGAGGGUGCCCAACCUCCGGUACGUCGACGCCAAGGGCCUCCCCAUCGCCAACGACUACACGCACCUCACCACCCAGGCACAGGUCCGCCUCGGCGCCAUGCUCGCCGAAGCUUACCUCGCCACGCUCCACUGAUUCAUUCUCCAGUGAAACACUGCUACUGCAUCCAUUGAUUCCAUGGGAAGAGUUUGGUGAUUGAUUACUAGAUUAAGUGGCUAAUGAGUGAAUCUGCUUAGUCUAUAGCGUAGCAGCACACAUUAUGCUGCACAAGUGUAAACCAGAAUCUCUGGUAGCCUUGUACUAUUGAUGUACUGUAUUCUCUUCUGGCUUUCAAAUGUAAAGCCGGGCUAUAUCAAUGGUGACAAAUGAGAUGCCAUAUAAUGCAAAUUGAUGAUACACGGGAUGAUCCAACUGUGUGCAAUCAGUGUCACCUCAAAAACUGCA